GCAGCUGUGGGGAGGGUCUCCAGCUGAUAGAGGAAACUCGCAACCUAUUAAACCCAAACACAGACACAUUCUAGUGCAGAUCAGCUGUGUGCAAACAAUACGGGAAUUGCAGUCCUGAGCAUUGGAGAGAGGAGAGUAGGGUUUGUUCUGGAAAUUUAUCUCAACUUAAAUUGAUAUAUAGAUUUGAGGGAGUAUUAAGUACAAAGAGAGUGAGCAAAAGGAGAGCUUUGGUCAUAUGGAAUAAGGCUUCUCUGUGUGAGCAGAGUACCCAUAGUGAAGUGUGCCCAAAUACACGUACCCUAUCUCCCUUGGCUUUAUUGUGGUUCUAACUGACCAUGGAGGUAUUGGAAAAUGGGGAGCAGAACCUGUUGCACUGGGAUCGAAAGCUGAGUGAGCUGUCAGAACUGGUGGACUCCGAUUCCCUGCUAAACAAUACGCACUUCACGGAGUUCCUGGAUGAGUUUUCGCAGGAUGUCCUAGGCCAGCUCUUGAAUGACCCCUUCAUGUCUGAGAAAAAUGAGAUGAUGGAAGUGGAGCUGUCCCCAGCAUCCCCAGCUCCCCUCAUCCAGGCAGAACACAGCUACUCCCUGUGCGGCGACUCGCGCCCCCAGUCCCCACUGACCCAUGUUUCGACUGACGACAACUUCAAUGAAGCUGACCUGGAGAAUGAGGAAUGGUGUCUGGGUGCAGAAUUGACUUCAGCAACAAUAAAAACUGAACCUGUGCUGUGUGAGGCACCAGGCCUUACCCCCUCUGUCAGUCUCACCAUCACACCUGUACCCCUGGAAGGCGAAGAAUCCCAGUUGCAAUCUGAUGCCAUGAUGAAACCGUUGAGCCAGAAGGUUCUUCCAGAGAUUAAAUUGGAGCCACAUGAAGUAGAUCAGUUCCUGAACCUGUCUUCUAAGGAAGCAAUGGAUCCACUGCACCUGCCUCCAACCCCUCCCAGCAGCCAUGGCAGUGACUCUGAGGGAGGGCAAAGCCCAACCAGGUCCCUCCCACCUUCAAGCCCUGUCCAACUACAAGCCACAGCUAAAGUGACAUCACGCAUGGCUUCAGCACUCUCCAAUUCGCCUCUCCUGACAGCACCACAUAAAUUGCAGGGGACUGGUCCACUGAUCUUGACGGAGGAAGAGAAGAGGACGCUGAUAGCUGAGGGGUACCCUAUUCCUACAAAACUGCCCCUGACAAAGGCAGAGGAAAAAGCACUGAAGAAAAUCCGCAGGAAAAUAAAGAACAAGAUCUCUGCCCAGGAAAGUAGGAGAAAGAAGAAAGAAUACAUGGACAGCCUGGAAAAAAAGGUUGAGUCCUGUUCAAAUGAAAAUAGUGAGCUGCGUAAGAAAGUGGAAGUCCUGGAGAACACAAACAGAACUCUUCUGCAGCAGUUACAGAGACUCCAAGCCAUGGUUGCUGGCAAAGUGUCCCGUUCCUGUAAAGCAGCCAGCACGCAGACAGGGACCUGUCUCAUGGUGGUGGUGCUGUGCUUCGCAGGCAUUUUUGGCAGCUUCUCUCAGAGUUACGGGCCCUAUCCUCCUGCCACAAAGAUGGUGCUGCCCAGCCAGCAUUCCACACCAGAGUCCUACACAGCCUCCAUUGUACGGUCAAGAAGUCUGCUAAUUUACGAAGAGCCCCGCCAACUGGAGGAGCAGUACAGUUCAAUCUCCUUUGCAGAUCGCAGUGAUGCCUGGGAUAGGCGCGUGGACGCCUCCAAAUACACAGCACUAUCUCUGGAAUCUGUGCCGGGGGCACAGCAGGAUAAAGUCACACACUUCACAAUAGCCAAUGAGACAAGGCUAGAGAAAUCAGUGGUGCUGGGGCUGCAGCCGCACAGGAUCAGCUCAGAGCUGGAAGUGAAUGAAACGCUGAAAAUAAUUGAAAUUGAUAGACGAGUCAAUGCCACUUCUUAAAAAAGAGGCCUUUCCCCACCACAUUAUCCUCCCUUCUUUCCAACCCAAGCCCCACCCCUUCCUCUGGACUCAUCACCAUCAGGGAACCAAAGGGCAAAAGAGAGAGAGUCUGCCAACUUCUGAUUUGGCUGAAGAGUCUGUGACUUGAGUCAGCAGCAGUUGUCCUCGUUCUGUCCUUUCCUCCGGGCACACAAACCUGCUUCUGCUUUUACUGCUGUCCCUGACUGGUAAUACAAGGGUGUACUGGUUGGUUUGUGUGUAUAUCCUAAUCAAGGGGCAGAGCCAUGGAAUGGAGGAUUAGGAUAAAUGUAACUCACGGGGGAACGUUUGUGGUAGGUCACGUGGGAGAAGGAAACUGAAAGAUACAGUGUGACACUGCUCAGGAUUUGGCCACAGCUCCAUGCCCAUCACUCUGGCACACUGGAGCUUUAUGGGGAGAGAAAUGUGUUCACAGUUCCCAUCCCUCCCACUGAGGGCAGAGAACAGACACUAGUCCUAUUGAGCCAACAGCACAGACAGGAGAGUCUGUUCAAUGGCAGUAUUGCUUUUUUUUUUUUUUUUUUCUCUUCUCCCUGCUCUCUCUCUCUCCCCUUUUCCUGCCCCUUUAUCACGUGGUGGGUGAAGUUUCCUUACUGUUGCCAUCCUUAUGAAGGAUCCAGGCAAAGUUCAGUCAGCCCAUGUGUCUUCUCAGGCCUUGUCUACAAUUGCACCAAUUUAACUAAAUCAGUUUAGAAACUGAUUGAGUUUAAUCUGUGCGACUCCCUUGUGUGGAAAUUUUUAAAUAAGAUUAUGACUAGUAUAUUGUAUCCAUUUAGCUUAAGUUGAUUCCUUACUGGCAUAAACUAAAUCAAUACUAGGCUCUCUUAAACCAAAAUAAGAGCGUCCACAUUAGGGGAUUGCAUGGAUUUAAUUAAAUUAGUUUCUAAAUCCAUUUAGAUACAUCGGUGCAGUUUUUUGAGGUAGACAAGGCCUCAGAUUGUUCUAGGUUCUUCUUCUUCCCCUGAGCCUCCUGUUACUGUUGUAAAUAGUAUUUAUUAGCUUUCCAAAAUUUCCCUCUGGUAGCCAGACUGGAGAGCCAAGCUCCCAAGACCAUGCAGGUUUUCUUGGUGAACUUUGAAAUCAAGAUGGAAAAAAUAUGCUUUUUUAAAAAUUAAACUUAGUUCCCUAUAAUGAUUAUUAGACUGUAAUGAGGCUCCCCUUCCUCCUCCCUUUUACUAAAAGUACAUGGAAUUAAAGCAACCGCUUAGGGAAAAAAUUGUUGUAUGUUCCCAAUUAGACGCAGUUCAGGUCAGUGUUGAUGGUCUCCCUCUCUAGUUAUUUAUUAUUACAAAACUACCUAGAAGACCAAACCAAGGUCAGGUCCCCAUUGUGCGAGGCACUGUACACACACAUGAUGAGAGACUGUCCCUGUCCCGAAGCUGCUAUCCUGGAUAGACAAGACAGAAAAAAGAUGGGAGGGGGAAUAGAUACACGGAGAGGGGAAAUACCUUGCCCAAGGUCACACAGCUGGUCAUUGGUAGAGCCAGGAAUAGAAUCCAAGUCUCCCGCCUCUCAGUGCAGUACCCUAUCCACUAGACCAUACUGCUUCUAAAGCACCAUGCUGAUGCAUCUAAUGCACACUGCCUCUAGUGCGGUGAUUCUCCUUCUCUCUCAAUACCCAGAUUGUGCCAAUGGCAGGGCUGCCCUUCCACUCACAACUGUCCUUUCCGUGAUCCAGCCAACCCACCAGUGAUUGCUUCUGGGUUUUAUUUGGUUAUUACAAAGGGUUGCUCAGAGUUCCCAGUGAUGGCUUUAGCUUAAAAACCUAAAUAGGAUAGAAUAGUACGGCUACUUUUGCAAUUUACCAGGAAAACUCAAUUAAAAAAAGAUUAAAAUGUUUUUUUUAAAAAAAAACCUCUCCUUUUUUACAUAAAUAAGGAGACCAAACUAGUGUAGCCUUGUGUUUUAUACCAUGUACAGUAACUCUUUCCUCCAGGUAUUCUAUUUUGUAAAAUAUUUUUAAAGAAAAAGUGUAUUGUUUUUGUAUUUUAGUAUAGCCUCUGCAGUGCUUCAUCCUUUCCUGUUUGGAUUUUUCUUUCUUUAGUCUCCUUCCUUUGUUCACUAUCCCAUCUGUUCACUAUGGGCCUGAUCCAAAACCCAGUGAAGUUAAUGGAAAGAAUCCAUUUGGCUUGAGUAGGCUUUGGAUCAGUCCCCACUGUACCAUGAUCAGAAACAACAUUCAAAUUGGCAAGAGUGGGACAUGUGUCCCAAUUCCACUAGCAGAUAAUGGAAUUUGGUGUGUACACCUCUUGUGUGCAUGACUUUCUAGGUCAAACCCCAUUCAUCUGUCCAGGUGUCUAUUUUAAAAAAAAAAAAUUGGUGGCAAUGAGAGAGAAAUGCCAUUGUGAGCAUAUUCACAGUCAAUCCUUUCUUGUCAGUGUGGGUCAGUACCACCCCUAAGGCAUAUCCCCUCUUAUUAAGGGUCAGCCACAACAGCCAUGCUAAUUCUCCCAGGCUCUCUGGAUUGCGCUAGUGCGCACAGACAACCGUCACACAGCUCUCCCUUUGGGAACCCACAUUAUAACUGCACGAUGGAAAGAGGAAGAAAAAGAUGGGUGUGAGCGGGGGAGCGUCUGAACUGAGACACAAGUGGUGUCUGCAUUAUUUUAACCACCUGAGGUCAGCAAAGGGAAGGGGGAAAUUUAUGACCUGUUAGAUUUACCAUAUUGGCUAUCUCCGGGCAUCCAAGUACAACCAGGUAGGCAUGAGUCAGGGAUUAGCAAAUUCACGAAAGACCUGAUUUACAGAGCAUCCCCAGGUCCCCUUGACUUUGAGCGUAACAGUGGGGGCUCAGCAUUCCUGAAAAACAGGCCCCAAAUUUCUCUUGGGGUUUAUUUAUAUAGCUGUGUAUGGAAUGUGAAUGUGGAGCAGGUGGAGGCUUAUCUGUCUAAUCUCUCGUGCCCAUUACCCUACUUAAUGCAUGAAUGCAUUCUCUCCCAGUAAAGAGACACUAUUAACGUUACUAAUUUAAAUAAUAAUGUACACUAUUAAAAUAGAGAAUUUCCCCAAAUCAUUGCUAAUCACCAUUAAAGCCAUUUGCUUUUUGCAAUUUGCGCAGUUUGGAUACACCACACCAUUUAUGGGGGUUUUAUAUCUUCAUUGAUAAAGGUUACUGUCUGAGUCAGGCUACUGGAUUAGAUGGUCUGAUCUAUGUAUGGAUAAUAUGGAGUACGGCAAUUCCUGUGUUCCUAUGACCAUAAAAAUAGCCUCUCUAUAGCCCUAAUAUGUUUGAUGCUUAAAAUGAAAUUUUAACUGUUUUUUGUGGAUCUCCUAAACUAGCACAACAUUUGGGUUGAAGUCACUGCUGGGGAAUAUUAUUCCUUUAAAAUCAACUACUCCUAUUGAACCUGAAAUGGGUUUCUUCUGUAAGUCCUUUUUCUAGCGAUCGGUCACUUGUUUACUCUUGGGUGAAAUUCACUCCUGGAUAUAGGGUCAGCACAAGUUAUGCACCACUUAAGUCCCAAGAAAUCAUCUAAGCCCCACUUUAGCGGUCCCGGACCUCAGGAAUUUACGCAGUAUAUAGCCUUCGUGCUGGUUCUCUGCACAAACACCCUGAAAGCUGCCUGCAUGGAACCCUGUUGCCAAACCAAUGUUUUACCACACCAGUAAAACCUUGCUUGUCCCCUAUAACCUUCAGACAUUCCCCGAGCUGUCAUCUUUGAGUCUAGGAAGUUAAGCUAUGAAG